AUGCGAGUUCUGCCGCAAGGGCUUGGGAAAGCCAAGCCAUCAUUCCUCCUACUGCUGUUUCUUGUCAUCGCUAUCGCUGCUCAAGUAUUUGCUGUGCCGGCGGACACAGCACUAACGGAUACCGAUGCCGCUAAGACCACCGACGAUCCCUCCACCACCUCUGGCGUGAGGGAGACCACCACUUCAUCAACCACUUCCAAAUCGACGUCAAGUUCUACCACCAGUACCUUCUCCUCAUCUUCCUCCUCUUCUUCUACAAGCACAACCAUGGAUACAACCACUUCCUCCUCUUCCUCAUCCACGAUGUCUGGCGGCAGCACAACAACAUCAUCCGUCUCCACGACAACGAAAUCAUCAACAUCCUCCUCCACCACAGCCAACGGCGCUAUCGUGACAAUUCCACCAAUAGCCAACGCCCCAUAUAUGCAAGAGAGCAAUGCUCCAGAAGGCACGGUGUUCAUCGCGGUCGGCGCGGCGCUAGGGCUGAUCGGCCUAACUCUGCUCGCAUGGCGCGCAAUGGUCGCGUGGUCCGUAAACCGAUCAGUGCGACGCGCCGCCAUAAUUCACGCCUCAGAAUCCAAGCGCCUCCUACGUGGCAGCAGAAAGAAGCGAUCGGCUCCCUACUCCGCCGCCCCGACGGUCGACGUUUCCCUCGACAAACUCGCCGCUGCCACUCGCGCAAGCUACAAGCCCAAACGGGUCCCGAGCACGAGCAGUGGUCUUUUCUUUUCGCCUACUGCAGGUGGUCCUACUGGACCGCACCACAAUCGGAACGCUACAGGAAGUACGGGAAAUCGCGGCUCAACAUACCUACCUGCUGGAUACUACGCUGCUGCCGGUGGCUCCAACCCCGCGCCAAGUGGAGAACCUCCAUACUCGCCCACCGCUGGCCUCUCGUCGCCUCACCUGUCUCCUGCUGGUGUCUACCAUGAUUCGCGUAAUCAGCGCCACUCUUAUGCGGGUGGUGCCUCAACGAGUUCCUUAAACCUGAACCAGGCGCCGCAGGGUCGUGCCCCUAGCGCGUACCUUGAGGAUUUGUUUGAGAGCCAUGCUCCUCACAGCUCUGAUUCUGGUCCUCGGUAG